AUGGAAGAGGGCGACGUGGCAUUUGAGGAGGAUGUGGUGACAGAGCCGUACUCGCUUCGGGCGUGGCUUCGGUACCUCAAGCACAAGCGGUCUGCAGCAGCCGAGGCUCGCGACGCGCUGUAUGAGCGGGCACUGGCGGCGCUGCCAGGGAGCUACAAGAUGUGGCGGCGGUAUCUGACGGAGCGGGUGCAGCGAGUGCGCAGCUUUCCGGUCACGGCCGACCAGUGGGCGGCGGUGGGCAAUGUGUUUGAGCGGGCGUUGGUGUUUAUGCACAAGAUGCCGCGGAUGUGGCUCUGCUACCUCGAGUUUCUCUUUGCCUGGCACGCUGUCUCGCGAGUCCGCCCCGUCACCGACCGCGCUCUGCAGGCGCUGCCGAUCACGCAGCACGCGCGGAUCUGGGAACCCGUGCUCGAGUACGUGUCGGGGCUUGCGGUGCCGAUUCCGGCCACGGGCGUCUCGCUCUGGCGGCGGUAUCUCAACAUUGCGCCUGCACGGCGCGAGGACUAUGUCGAGUACCUCAUGGCGGUGGAGCACUACGACGAGGCCGCCAAGGAGCUGGUUGUCCUGCUCGACACGGCCGCCAGCGACUCGGACGCCGCUGAGGCGAUUACCAAGCCGCGUCACGAGCUCUGGCUCCUGCUCUGCUCGCUCAUUUCCGAGCACGCGCCAGAGCUCAAGUCGAUUCCGGUCGAGGCCAUUCUGCGGACGGGCGUGACUCAGUUUAGCGACCAGGUCGGCACGUUGUGGACGUCGCUUGGUGACUACUUUAUCCGCCUCGCCCAGUUUGACAAGGCCCGCGACGUGUACGAGGAGGGCAUGGCGGCGGUGACGACCGUCCGCGACUUUACCCUUGUUUUCGACGCCUACGUCCAGUUUGAGGAUGCCAUGCUCUCGACCAAGCUGCAGAUGCUGGAUGAGGCCAGGGCAAAGGCUGAGGCGGGCGCCGGCGGUGGCAGCGGAAACGGCGCUCUCGACCGCGAUCUUGUCGAGCUCGACGCCGACCUGCAGCUCCGGUUCGAGCGCUACCAACACCUUAUCGACCGGCGGCCGCUCCUGGUCAACGCUGUCCUGCUCCGGCAGAACCCGUCGAAUGUCCACGAGUGGCUCAAGCGGGUCGAGUUGUACAAGGCGGCGCAGGAUGGAGUCAACGUUGUCGACACCUACACUCGCGCGCUCGAGGCUGUCGAGCCGGCUACAGCUGCUGGCCCGCUCCACGAGCUCUGGAUUGGCUUUGCCUCGUUCUACGAGCUUGCUGGGCAAGAUGCAGAUGCUGCGCGCGCCAUUUACGAGAGGGCUGUGGCGGCGGAUGCAGCUUCGGUCGACUCGCUCGUCGCCAUUUGGCUGGCCUACGCCGAGUUUGAGGGCCGGGUCGGGAGGUAUGACGCCGCGCUGGCACUGCUGCAGCGGGCCACCACCAUUCCCAAGCAAUUUCUCUCGUCGGCGCGCCGGACUGGGCCGGCAGCAGUCUCGUACUACGACGACGGGCUCGCUCCGGCGCUCCGCCUCUUCAAGUCGUCCAAGCUCUGGGCGGCGUAUGUCGACCUUGCCGAGGCGCUCGGCACGCUCGAAUCGACGAAGGCCGUGUACGAGGAGAUUCUCGAGCUCCGGGUCGCCACGCCCAAGCUCAUUCUCAACUACGCUGGCAUGCUCCUCGACGCCGAGUACUUUGAGCAGGCCUUUGCCGUCUUUGAGCGUGGCAUCGAGCUCUUUGGCUACCCGCACGUUCUUCCGCUGUGGCGCGCGUACCUCACUCACUUUGUCCGGCGCUACGGCGGCUCGGCGCUGAUGCGGACCCGCCAGCUGUUUACCACCGCCCUCCAGGGCGCGCCGCGGCCGUACGCCAAGGAGCUUUAUCUCCAGGCCAUUGCCUUUGAGGCCGAGCACGGAUCGCACAAGCGCGAGUUUGACCUCUACGCCAAGGCAGUCGACGUUGUGCCGACCGCCGAUGCCCAGGAGAUCUACACCCGCUGGAUCAAGGCGGCCGCUGGCGUCCACGGUGUCUCGGCGACUCGGCCCAUCUACGAGCAGGCUAUUGCCAAGCUCAAUGACUCGGGCGCCCGCGCCAUGUCGCUCAAGUAUGCCCAGCUCGAGCUGGCCAUGGGCGACCUCGUCCGCGCCCGCGCCCUCUACGCCCAUGCCUCGCAGUUUUGCCCGCCCGACCGCGACAAGGCGUUCUGGGCCGAGUGGGAAAAGUUCGAGUCGAACCACGGCAACGAGGACACCUUCCGCGAGAUGCUCCGCAUCAAGCGCUCGGUCCGCGCCCAGUAUCACUCGAUUAUUUCGGACGACGUCAUUGCCGCCGUCGCCGCCGCCCGCAAAGACGCGCCGCCGUCGGCGCCGCCUUCGCGUAAGCGCGACCGUACCGAGCUCGACGCCGAUGCGCCUGGUGCGGCCAUGCCACCGCCAGCGUCCGAGGACGAGCCGGCUGCCAAGCGGCAUGUCUCGCUCGCCCCCGGUGCGUCGCGGGGCAUCCAGUUUGUGGCCUCGUCGGCUUCGAUCGCAGGCAAUGUCGACGAUGGUGUGCCGGCGCCCAACCCCGACGCCAUUGCCAUGGACGAUUCCGACGACUCCGACUCGGACGGCGACGACGGCGAUGAGCCGCCGAUGCCGGUCGGUUCUGUUCCCGAGGGUGUGUUCUCGUGACCGCGCCACCACAGCACGCAUGCAAAGGACGAUAAU